AUGAGCGUCACUUCGUGGUUCUUGGUGAGCAGCACUGGCAUUCGCCAUCGGCUCCCUCGGGAGAUGAUAUUUGUUGGCAGAGAUGACUGUGAACUUAUGCUCCAGUCCCGCAGUGUCGAUAAGCAGCACGCCGUGAUCAACUACGACAAGGAGAAGGAUGAGCACUGGGUGAAGGAUCUCGGCAGCUUGAAUGGCACGUUCGUCAAUGAUGUGAGGAUUCCCGACCAGAAGUACAUCACCCUAAAACUGAAUGAUGUCAUUCGCUUCGGCUAUGAUUCAAACAUGUAUGUCCUGGAGCAGAUUCAACACAAAGUCCCAGAAGAAGCAUUAAAGCAUGAGAAGUACACCAGCCAACUUCAGAUGAAUUACAAGGGCUCAGCAAUGAAGAGGGCGGAGCAGCCCAUGGAGCACGGUGUCUACACUGAGUCCCCACAAGCAAAGCUGGAGAAAGGAGAGAGGAAAGCAAUUACAGAAACCAAUAGUUACCGAACCCCUCUUUAUGGGCAGCCCUCCUGGUGGGGAGAAGAUGAUGCAAAUAACAAGGAGGACAGAAGGCAAGAGGAACAUUACUCAGAAAGAUCAAAAGAGAUAACGCAACAUGAAGAGGAACUGAAUGGUAAUAUUUCUGCUUAUAGAGAUACACAAGAACAGUCUGUGUUUCCCUUCCGGAGAGAGCCAAGUUAUUUUGAGAUUCCAACUAAAGAAUUUCAGCAGCCGUCAAAAUCUCCAGAAACACAGGUCCACGAGAUCCCAACAAAGGACAUCGAUGCUGUAGUGGCCCCCGUCGUACAGAGUCAUGCUUCUUUCACCAUUGAGUUUGAUGAUGGUACCCCUGGUAAAAUAAAGAUAAAAGACCACGUAACUAAAUUUUCGCUCAGACAGAGAAGACCGUAUAGUAAGGAACCAGCUCAUACAGAAGUGAUGUCAGCAGAGAGCAAAGUGGCUGACUGGCUUGUCCAGAACGACCCAAGCCUGCUGAGAUGUCAGUCUCCAGGAGAGGAUGUGUACAGUACAAAGAGCGACCUGCCGGUGCACGUGAGGACGCUUAAAGGCAACAGGCAUGAGGACGGGACGCAGAGCGACUCCGAAGACCCUGUGGCGCCCAAGGUGGAGAAGGAGGGGACGACGGGCAGCGAACGCGCCGCGGAGCAAACCAGGCUGCAGCGCCAGAUGAGGCGUGAUCCCCACGAGAUGCUGCACAACAAGCAGGCCUUCGUCAUCGAGUUCUUCGAGGACAUGCCGCGGAAGAAGCGGUCGCAGUCCUUCACGCACAGCGCUCACUCCUCCCAGAGCGACACCGAUCUGGGCCUGAAGACCAAAGUUGAAAAGCGCAAGAACGCGCCGCCGGCUGAGAAGGUGGGAAAUGCGGUGCCACCAUCCCACCUCGGGGCCCAGGCGGGCAAACCCAGUAAUAACAGCUCCUCUGGGACCCAAAGAACUGGCUCCUUCAAGAGGGAGAAGACGGAGGAUCGGAUGAGCUCUUCGACCUCCUCUUCUUCCAGAGCGUCGGCCAAAACUUACGGGAGCGUUGGGAGGAAGUCUAAAAUGGCUCAGGAUAUUAUGGCUGAGUACUUGCGGGAGACUGCUCAGUCUGGGAAGCCAAGCACAGAGAAACCUGCCCCUCUGCCUGGGCCAGUAGCUCCACGUGUGGUUAUAACAUCAGAACCAGAGCCUGCCCCUGCUCCACCUCCGGAGGUAAAGUCUGCGCAGGGCAGGAGGAAUGAUGAGGAAGACAGCGUGAGCGAGACGGGCACGUACACCAUUGAGACAGAGUCGCAGGAUAAAGAGGUGGAGGAAGCACGAAAAAUGAUAGACCAGGUUUUUGGUGUCCUUGAGUCGCCUGAAUUUUCCAGAAUAUCUUCAUCCUUUAGACCAGUAAUUAAAGGUGAAAAAGAUGACUCCAGUUCUCACCAGCAUCUAAUCAGUGAAAACGGCACUAGUCAGAAGUCACCUUUGCUCCAGGCGUUUGCCUCAAAAGCUGUGAGUGGGUCUCAGGCUGAUGUGCAGAUGUCUGCAGCAGCUCAGGGGAGUCAGAAGUGGGUCUCCAGGUGGGCGAGCCUCGCAGACAGUUACUCUGACUCUGGAUCUGCCUCUGGGCAGGGUGACGGAGGUGCAG